CUUCACUUCUCACGCACUCCAAAAACCUCGCCUUCUAUAAAUCUCCGUCACUGACCCUUCUCAGUUGCUCAACGACGAUUGCUCCAAAAUAGUGUUCAACUCACAUUUCGUCUUCUUCUCUUCCGUCGUGUCCCUGCCGUUGGAUCAAUGGCUUCUUCACUCUCAACCAUCGGAGCUGUUAACAGAGUACCGUUGAAUUUGAAUGGUGCAGGUGCAGGACCUUCAGUGCCUAGCUCAGCAUUCUUUGGCAGCAGCUUGAAGAAGCUUAAUUCCAAGAUCAAUAACCAGAAGUUGUUGUCAGGGAAUUUCAAGGUUGCUGCCGAAUAUGACGAGCAGAAGCAGACCUCCAAAGACAGGUGGGGAGGUCUUGUAACUGAUUCAUCUGAUGAUCAGCAAGAUAUUACUAGAGGAAAAGGAAUGGUAGAUUCUCUCUUCCAAGCUCCCAUGGGAACAGGAACUCACAACCCAAUCAUGACUUCCUAUGACUAUAUCAGUCAAGGUCUUCGCCAAUACAACCUGGACAAUAGUAUGGAUGGUUUCUACAUUGCGCCUGCAUUCAUGGACAAGGUCGUUGUUCACAUCACCAAGAACUUCUUGAACCUCCCAAAUAUUAAGGUUCCACUCAUCUUGGGUAUCUGGGGAGGCAAAGGUCAAGGAAAAUCAUUCCAAUGUGAGCUUGUUUUUGCCAAGAUGGGAAUCAACCCCAUCGUGAUGAGUGCUGGGGAGUUAGAAAGUGGGAAUGCCGGAGAGCCUGCGAAAUUGAUCAGACAAAGAUAUCGCGAGGCAGCAGACAUCAUUAAAAAGAAGGGGAAGAUGUGUUGCCUCUUCAUCAACGAUCUAGAUGCUGGAGCGGGUAGGCUAGGUGGAACCACCCAAUACACAGUCAACAAUCAGAUGGUGAAUGCGACGCUGAUGAACAUCGCCGAUAAUCCGACCAACGUCCAGCUUCCUGGUAUGUACAACAAAGAGGAAAACCCCCGAGUUCCUAUAAUAGUUACAGGAAAUGACUUCUCCACAUUGUAUGCGCCACUCAUCCGUGAUGGUCGUAUGGAGAAAUUCUACUGGGCUCCCACUCGAGAAGAUCGGAUUGGUGUGUGCACAGGGAUUUUCAGGACUGACGAUGUUCCCAAAGAGGACAUUGUAAAGCUUGUCGAUACUUUCCCUGGACAGUCCAUUGAUUUCUUUGGUGCUGUCAGAUCCAGAGUAUACGAUGAUGAAGUGAAGAAGUGGAUUGCCACAGUGGGCGUAGAAAAUGUUGGGAAGAAGCUCGUUAAUUCAUUGGAAGGACCUCCAACUUUUGACCAACCAAAGAUGACUCUUGAGAACCUCCUUGAAUAUGGUAACAUGCUUGUGAUGGAGCAAGAGAAUGUGAAGAGAGUCCAAUUGGCAGACAAGUACUUGAAAGAAGCAGCUCUUGGAGAUGCAAACGAAGAUGAAACAAAGAAUGGAUCUUUCUAUGGCAAAGCAGCCCAGCAAAUUAAGGUUCCUGUUCCAGAAGGGUGCACUGACCCAUCAGCUGAAAACUUUGAUCCGACUGCUAGGAGUGACGAUGGGAGCUGCCAAUAUCAAUUUUAGGUCUCUCUGUAUGUCCAACGGGUUUUGAGGGGUAUUAAUGUAAAGGUAAUAAACAUAAGGAUGACUGUUGGUAAAUCUGUUUUGUAGAUUGGUGUAUUUUGUAAUUUUGUCAAAGCUUAUAUUUAUUUUUGAUGUAAGUGAAAAAAUAAAAUAAGAAAACUAGUUUUAAAUGCUACAA